AUGUGUAUAAGAGACAGCAAUAAAGCUGGUGUCUCAAAAGUUGACAUACAGUUAGAGGUUAAAGGAGCAGUAAUACCUCACUGGACACCACCGGCUAAUAAUUAUCAGUCACCGUCUAGUAGCGCAACAGCAUGUGACGGAGGUAGUGGAAGCGGGCAUACUUACUCAACAUCUGUCAGUGGGCAAUCCUAUACCAGCAUCGGCCCUCACAUCAGUUUUAUAAGUGAAAGGUCUACAGAACCGAGUACAGAAACCUUCAAACAGGUAUUUAGCUGGUCUGGUAUGGUAGAUGGUGUAAAUCCGUCUGAGCUUGUUUCUCAACACGAGUCGUUAAAUCCUGAAAGUGAAAACGACAAACAAUUUAACAUCGGUUCGACGUCAGACUCAUUAUCGUUUACCUCUACUGGGGCAGAAUUAUAUGAGACUGACACAUCAUAUGAACCUUCCGUUACUUCUAAAAAUGAUGGACAAGACAUACCUGUUGGUUCGAAAUCAGAUACACCAUCUUCAACAUUAACGACUAAUCGACAAGAUUGGCAGGGAUCACCAGAGUCUCAAACGUCAUAUGAGUCAGCUCCAACACCCGAGACUAAGCCUACUACCACGUCUGAAUCGGAAAAUACUACAGAUAUAUUUUUAUACACCGUAGAGGUGAGCAAAAAUAUAACUACGGAUUCCUUGUCAAAUGAAGACUCCAGUAUUUCACAAUCAGACUGGUUAAUUACAGGCGUUACAGAAUCAACCAGGAAUGUAUCAGAAGAAAUGGUAGGUCGUAAAAGGCGGAACAUUGACGAAGAAGAAAUGGUUACUAACAGAAUUUCUGGCAUCACUUGUGAUCUAAGUAAUGCGUUUCAUUGUUCAUCCGGUGAGUGCAUCCAAAUAUGGAUGACAUGUAACAUGUUUCCUGACUGUAAAGAUGGCAGCGAUGAACUAGAUUGUGGAUCUGUGUUAGACGAUUGCCACCCCGGUGAAGUGAGAUGCGUAUCUGGAGAAAUGGAGUGCAUCCCCGCUGUUAAAGAAUGUGAUGGCGUUGAAGACUGCCUCACUGGUGAGGAUGAAAGUAGGAUCUACUGCCAGGAAAUAACAGAUUUCAGCAAGCUGGAGAACUUUCAAGAUGACCGCUAUGGUAAUUGUUACAUAUUCAAUCAUGGUCGGGAUUCCCACGUAGUCGCUAACUCAACAAGAACAGGAGCAAAAUACGGUCUUAAACUAACACUUUUUAUUGAGCAAAAGGAGUAUAUAAGUAUUUAUGGACGGGAAGCUGGUGUCAAGGUCGUGGUAGAUACACAGGAUCGAGUUAAGUUUCCUCAAGAUGAAGGAAUCAUCAUCAGGCCCGGUGCUAUUACGUUUGUCAGCCUUCGAUAUAAUGUAGUUUCAAAACUUGGAGAACCACACGGUAAAUGUAACUCCGAUUCUGAGAACUUUUUGAAAAAUUUGCAAAAAGCGUAUGGUAUUACAGGGGACAACUUCAAAUACGACACAGCGGGAUGCGAAAAAAGCUGCGUUAUUAUAAAAAUCAAGGAGGAAUGUGGCUGUACAGACACGGUCACUAAGGACGCCAAUGAACGAUGUGAUGUGCUCAAUAAAACACAAGACGUAUGCACACAGCUAAUGUACUACCUCUACAACCAACAGCUAUUGAAUUGCAAUUGUCUCCAACAAUGCCAUAAAGGAUAUUACAGCCAAACAGUAUCACAAUCUACCUGGCCGUCAGAUGUCUACCUGAGCCAGCUUUUACGGAGUAUCCACAGUAUUAACGAUAAAACGCGAUACAUUAAUGAUGAAACGGCAUUAAGCAAAGACGUGGCAAGGUUAGAAGUGUUUUUCGAAGAACUUAAUUAUCAAAGCACAACGGAGGAACCAGCAUAUCUUAUCGAGAACCUAAUUAGCGAUAUUGGCGGUACGGCUGGAUUGUACAUUGGCAUCUCAAUCAUCAGCUUCUGUGAGUUCAUCGAGUUGGUGUUCCAGUGUUUGAAAUAUACAAAGGCGUGGAUGACCCGUAGCAAGAAAUAGGUACAUUGUCACCAACCGACGAUUACCCGUGAUUAUGUAACCUGAUGACAUUAUAAUGAAUAAAUUAUACAACUUUUUAGAAAUAUUUUUUUUAUAUACAUUUUAAUUUUGACUCCGCCCUUUAAAUUAGAAUUCAACUAGAAAUAAUUGUAAUGUUCAUCUGUAUUAUUAUGCCUACUGCUAAAUACACACAAAGAUGUACUAACAAAAUUAAACAUAUUAGGGAUUUCAGAACUUAACUGCACACAUUAAAACAUUCAGUGUAUGUCACUUUCACACAUCACCUCUGUCCUCUAGUAGAUACAGUACUUCACUGACAGACAGAUAGAUAGAUAGAUAGUAGAUACAGUAGUAGAUAGAGAAAGAGGCCUAACAAUAUUGGAAUUUAUAUAUUGCUGUUAUUGGUCAUCACACACAUUUGAUUAUGGUUAUUGCAUCAUAUUAUCAUAACUUAUAAUAUAUUUAUUGUUGAAAUUAAAAUAUUAUUGUUAGAAUUAAUUGGUAUUAUUGAACAUUUUAUUAUUUAUUAGUAACUGGCAUAAUCGAGCUAGAUAUAUGCUCAAAUGUGCUCAAAUAUAGAUUUAAAAUUAUCUUUUGUAGGAAUGGCAACGAUGGCAGUAGAGGACCUAAGGUCCGAAUUGGGGGUGGGGACUUAUGGUCGAGAAAAGGAUUUAUGACACAAUGUCUCUGUUAUAUAAGCCUA